GUUGCGCAAUGUGGCAAUGUCCUCCCAAAUAAUCCCUCCAGACGACAGCCAACAUGGAGGCGAACGCAUUUGACAGCACCUACAACAAGCUGAUAAGUCAGGAGUACUUGAGCGAGGAUGAGCCGUCACACUUCUCAAACCAGGAGAAACAACAAGUAUCCCUGUCAAUGGUGAGGCCAGCGUCCACUUGGAACCCACAAAGAGUGCUUGAGAUCACCCUGGCUGUGCUUGCUGCAGUCCUUCUGGCUGUGGUCAUUGGCCUGGGAGUUUAUUACAACAACCUCACAGAUGAGACUCAAAAGGUGGCGAGCAUCAAUCGAGAGCUGGUCACACUUCACAAGAACUACAACGCUGCCUCGCAAAGACGAGAUGAAUCCCAGGAACGUUUGGCAAAAGAGAUCAAACAGCAGCAAAUGACCAAGUGGCAGCUUGAACACCAGACUACGAGGAACAAAUACUACGAACAGCAGGCAGACAAAAUUCUACUUGACACUGUAGUCCUAAAAUCUCACAUACCAAUGAUAGAGGAGGGCUGCAGACACUGCUCACCAGGAUGGACUUUCAUAAACUCUGUGUGUUACUUCUUCAGCUUCUCUGACACAUACUCUCGCAGGUCGUGGCAGGAAGCCCGGCAGUUCUGCAAGAAGCAUGGCGCCGACCUGGCGGUGGUAGAUACCUCUGAGAAGCAGAUGACAAUUAAUCAGUUAAUAAACCACCAUCAAGACCCAUCAAGAUCCACAAGCCAGAGCGGCUUCUGGAUUGGACUGACAGAUGUGGAAGAGGAAGGAGUUUGGAGGUGGUUGGAAGGAAUGAGACUAAUUGAAGGUUACUGGAAUGAUGGUGAGCCCAAUAACAGUGGCGGUGAGGACUGUGCAGCCACAUACCCGAGAGAAAACCCUUUUAAGGGCUGGAAUGAUGCACCGUGUAGUUACAAUCUCAAAUGGAUUUGUGAAAAGCCAGUCAGUUAGUGUUUUUGUUUUUUCAUCUCUGAUUUUUAUUGACACAGAAUACAAAUAAUUAACUACAAAAGUUAAAGUGAAUACAUUUCAAUUCAUUAAUAAAAAAAAUGUUUUCUUUACUAAAUACAGUACAUGUGUAUAUUAUAUUACUGCUUUACAAGUUCGUAUAUUGUGUUACCAGGCUAAAAAAUGCAUACAAGUCAUUAGAGCUGUUAUUAUACAGUAUGCUGAUGAUGUUGACCAGCUUUCUGACGCAAGCAGAGCUAAAUAUAAUUGAUAAUUUUAAUUAAUCUUUUUGCGUGUAACACAAAUAUUUACUAAUACGUACAAGAUUCAAGAAUUCACAGCUCUGCAAAAUGCUGGCGAAGCUGCUUCAGGACCUGCUGAGUGUCGACAUGCUCCGGGAAGGCGUCUUCAGACUUUUGGGCCGCCAUGUAGCUGCUUUGAAGGUCUCCGAUCUGGAAAGCAGACAAAACAUUUAUUAAUUUUAUCGACACGAUAAACUACAUUGGAAGGAUAUCAAUUACCUUUUCCGAGAGAAUGGACAGAUUGUAGUGUGGCUCAUACAUGUGAGGGCACAAUGUGGCAGCCGUCUGCAGGAAGGCUUUAGACUGGACCCAAGACGACGGCAAAAAAUUGUGAUUUGCAUUCAGAAUAGUUUUGUUUCAUUAUGUGAGAGAUAAAUGUCCAAACUUGA